AUGGGACGGACAACCUCGCCGUUCCCAAGUAGAGGCUCAGCCUCAAUUCCCGGUACUCCGGGGUUGAGUCGUAAUAACCAAUCUAAUGGUCGAACACAGACCUCUAAGGCUGCGUGUAUCGAGAUAGAGGAUGACGAAAUUGAUGAGCUUGAGGAUGGCAGCGUUCCAUGUUCCUCACCCUACUUUACCCAACCGACGCAAAUAGUAAACCGAGCCACCCAGCCUACCCAAAUAGUGAACCGCACAACACUAAGGGAGCCGUCUUCACCUCCAGUGCCGGGUACGCCAACUGCCGUAAUUGAAGUUCCUGCUUCAUCGCCCUUCCAACCAAAGAGUCAGACGAAACCUCCAGCUGUCAAAGAGAAGAAGCUUGGCGUAGCAAGUAGAGUUGGGUCGCUAAUGGCUCCGGCGGGAACUGCAUUUAGACCGCCUACGAUGCAGAAAGCAUCGCGCGUAGCUAAGGGCUCUACUGGGAAGAAAGACUACUUGGAAAUAUCCGACGAUGAACUGUUGGAGGAUUAUAAGAAGCAUGACAGUUCUGAUGAUGACACGCCUGCUAGGGGAGAUAUACGGCCUUCUUCUUUCGUAAAGAAGGAGAACAACCUACUCUCAUUAUCGAAUUCCGGGGCUAAAUACCUGGAGAACAUGGAUAUCUCUCUUAAAGAUAUUCGUGAUGUUAGGUUGCGACACUUGACCAACCAAGUUUAUAAAAUUGUGCAGAAAGCCGUACCUGGAAUUACUAUCCGGAAGUGUAGGGAAGCGUUGCAGAAGGAUGUCAGUUGGCAGGUUUCCAAGGCUGUUGACUUGCUGACGGGCAGGCCUACAAAAACUCUAUUAUUGUCAAGACCGUCGGAGGCUAGUGAUGCAUCACUUGGUGCUGAUACUAACCCCACGACUGAUGACAAUACCAAAACAUCAACAACUCUCACCAAAGGAAAAAUUGCCCCUCCACCAAAUUCUAUACACACUUUCCUGAAAAAAAAUCCAUCUACUUCGAAUUCAAGUAACUCUUCUUCUCAAACAUCUUCACAGUCAUCACGUACACAAACUUCUUCUAGUUCCUCCAAUUCAAUUCGCUCUACAGUUACUAAGGAUAGUUUACCUCGUCGACGACUUGUCCAAGGUCGACAUAAAUCAACAACCCCAUCUGCAAUUUUUUCUACACCCUCAUCCCCCACCUCAUCCUUAACAAGUCUUACGGAGUCAAGAGAACCAUCUAUUUCAAUUGAUUCAACAAUGGCUCCAACAGACACUACCAUCAACCUCGACCCUGAGCCGGAUGACGUUCCCCGCCGUCGCCGAAGACUUGUACGUGGUCGUCGCGAAGCGUCACCACCCGUUAUCACCAUCCCCUCCGAUUCGGACCAUGACACACCACCCCCAAGCAAAAAGAGAAAACUUCUGUCGGCCAAAGAGGGCAAAGAGGCCAAAGAAGUUGAACCCGCAUGCAAGCCAGUUAAGUCCAAGAAGCGCAAGGCCGAGGAACAACUCGAACGCGAAGUUGAGCCUGAGCCUCAACACGAACCUGCAUCCGAAUCUUUAACCGACCAGGGCAGUGAUAACGGCUAUGAAGACACUAAUUCUCCAGAGCCAAGCGAGCAAGAAGCGAACGUUCUCAAGUAUCUAAACACGUGCACGGUUGAAGCACUUGGUCACAUGCUUGGGUCUGGACCGAACGCAAAGAUCAUGGUAUCUGCACGACCUUUCAAAAACAUCACCGCCGCCCAGAAGGUCUCGCGAGUAGAGAAGGGCAAAUCCAAGAACAAGAAUAAGAGUAGGACAGUGGCAAUUGGCGAGGACAUUGUCGAAAAGCUGACCUCUUGGAUGGAAGCUUGUGAAGCAGCCACCGCUGUGAUCAAUGAAUGCGAUAGAAGAGGCGCAGACAUUAACCUCUCUAUGUCUAAGUGGUCCACCGACAAGAAUGGACUGUCCCGAACUGAUUCAGAGGAUCUUGAAGAACUUCCUAUCAAGAGCAAGCCGGAGUUAAUGAGUGAAUCGCUCAAGCUGAAGUCAUACCAACUCGUCGGUUUAAAUUGGAUGAACUUGUUACAUUCCAAAGGCUACAGCGGCAUCCUUGCCGAUGACAUGGGUCUUGGCAAGACUUGUCAAGUAAUAUCAUUUAUCGCUCACCUAGUAGGAUCGGAGCGAGAGGAAGGUGCCGGAGUUCCUUGGCCAAAUCUGAUCGUGGUGCCCCCUAGCACUUACGAGAACUGGAUCGCAGAAUUUGAAAAAUUCGCCCCUGAGAUUAACAUCAUCACCUACUCAGGAAAAAGCCGACGGGAUAUUCACCCACGAGAUGCCCGAGAUUUCCAUGUAAUCCUCACCACCUAUCCCCAGAUCGAGCGUCAACCAGAAGACCUAGCAUUCCUUCGAAAGGUCAAACUACAUGCUGCGAUUUUCGACGAGGGCCACAGGUUGAAGAAUUCGGACAACAAUAUUUACAAGCAGAUGAUGCAAGUCCCUUCCGAGUGGCGACUUGUGCUUAGCGGCACUCCCGUGCAGAAUAACUUGAAGGAACUCCUCACGGUGCUCCGAAUCCUUGAGCCUAGCAUAUUCGAAGAGGCGUCUUUCGAGACCCUGAGUAAAAUCUUCAAUACUAAGGUUACUAACCAAGAUGUCCUAAACUUCGCAGCGUUGGCCUCGGAACGCGUUGAUCGCGCACGAUCAGUAAUGGCUCCUUUUAUUCUGCAACGACGCAAGGAAGACGUCCUCGAUCUCCCUAAGAAGACGGAUCGUCUUGAGAUCGUAGGGAUGCACGAUAUCCAGAAGAAGAUCUACGACUCUAUCAAGGGUAAAUACUUCCUGUCGAACGGUGUUAAGUCCAAAGGAUCUCACCCUUGGAUGCAACUACGAAAAGCAGCUAUUCAUCACCAACUAUUCCGAGACCAUUUCACCGAUAGCAAGGUCGAGAAGAUGGUAGAUAUACUAUGGAAAAAAUGUUCUGAAGAAGAACUUGGUGUUCAGAGCAAACAACCACGCCACAGGGCUCGUCUCCUAGAAGAGCUGAUGGGAAAAUCUGACUUCCAGCUACAUCUUUGGUGCAAGGACUUCGAACAGUAUAUCGGUCACUUAGAUAUCCCCGACCGCUCUUGGGAAGAUAGCCCGAAGGUUCAGAGGCUUCUUGAAAUGGUUCGUGGCUACAUGAAGACAGGCGAUCGCGUGCUUGUGUUCAGCCGUUUUGAGAUGGUGAUAGACAUCCUACGGGAAACUCUACACCAUGCUGGCAUCAAGUACUGUUGUUUGACGGGCGCCAUGGACACGGCCGCACGAUUUCCCGAAUGUCAGGAAUUCACGAACAAUACCGACAUUCCCGUAUUCCUAUUAACCACCGGAGCCGGCGGUACUGGUCUAAACCUGACGGCCGCAAAUAAGAUCAUCAUCUUCGACCAAUCCGAUAAUCCACAAGAAGAUGUGCAGGCGUCCAACCGAGCCCAUCGAAUCGGACAGACUCGAGAUGUCGAAGUAAUCCGACUGAUCACGGAGAAGACUGUCGAACGGCUAAUAUAUAAUUCUUGUAUAAAGAAGCUUGUCCUAGCUGCUCGUGUCGCGGAAGAGUUUGCGGUAGAAGACGAGAACCAAGAAUCUGUCGAAGAACAGUGCAAGAAGCUCAUGCUUUUGGGAGAGGAGGAAGAGGAAGUCGACCUAGCUGAGGUGGCUCCGGCGAGUCAACAAGUCUAAUCCGGGCUGAGCACCGGCGUAUACUGAGCGGCAGAUUACCCUUCGUGGGCCCUUCGCUAAAACGUAUACCGACUACACACACUGCUUAUGUCAAAAUCCCUCCCACCGACAUAUGACAUAUACCGCUUCUACCUGCUCACAACACUUAUCCGACUGCCUUUCAACUUUCUAUUCGACACACAUACCGGUACUAUAC